UAUUCAUAAGCUAAUUUGUGUGAGAGAGAGGAGUUGUAUUAAUAGAAUUAGAUAUCCCUUUAACAUUGUUUGGUCACGUGUAAAUUACAUAAUUUUUUUUUCUACUUAUUUUGGUAAUAUUUUAGAGGAGUAAAGCAUGCAAAAUCCACCAGUCGUAUGAUGACAGAGGCUGCCUGAGUAACUCUACGACGAGGCCACAUAGUUUAUUAUUUUCGACAAGAGUGGUUCUCUCAGUGGCUUAGAGGACCACUGAUUGGCAGAUGGCCACCUCUCCUGCGAACUCCUUGUCUCCUUUCAUGGUUUUCUAACUGCUACUUCAUUCGUCAGUAAGGAAUCAGCUGCUCACGAGGACUCAAAAUAAUCAUAAUAAUAAUUGAACUUUUGCAUUCUUAUAUGAUCACAGGUUCUGAUCCCACUAUGAACUGCACAAAAAAUGUGGAUGAGUUAGAUCUACAAGUGUACAAUUUUCAAUAAUGCCUUCUGCACCAUCGGGAUCACCACUGUUGCUGCCGCCGGGGGAACACAAUAUCAACCCACCACCAUUACCAUCACAAUCGCUGGCGGAUAAGGCCAGCCCACCUCCACCAUUGUCUCAGAUAACACUAUUUGAAUCGUCACUACCUUCAUCCACCACCACCGCCGUUGGGGUUGAGCUGCCACCUGCACAUUCUGUACGUCCAGUUGCCAUCGCACCUCUAGCGUUUCCAGAACCUGUAGGUGCUCCAAUUGUAUCAGUGACUGCUCCGACACCCAAGGCCACUUCCAUUCAUACAGUUCCUAUGAAACGUCGAAGAAGAUCAGUUACUUCACCUCCCGCGGCGUCUCCGUCACACCCAUCAACUGCCUUGUCACCUUUAUCAACUCCAUUAAAGCCAACAGCAAUUGCCCCUUCUCAACCACCUUCAGUCAGGUCUAGACCACCAACCAUUAUGCCUCCUCCAGCCAGGCCCAAUCGCCCUCCACCCUCAGCAUUCCCGCUGUUGCCUCCUUCGCCACCCUCUUCUUCCAUGAGAUCUCCACCGCUUCUGUCACUGCCAUUACUAAAUGGAAGUCUGCCAUGGAGCCCAAAGGAAUCUCAUUUAUCAAUGGGGCUUAUAGAUGGAUGCGUCAUUGGUGGAGUACUUCUAUUCCUUUUACUCACCCUCAUUUGCAUUUGCAACAAAAAUAGGAGAGGAAGAAAGGAUUUCAUCCAAGAUGAAGAGCACAAUUAUAGAACUCCCAGCUUGGAAACAAAAGAUAACUCUUUAAGUGUUCAGCUGGUUGAGACCUUUUCUCAGCCACCUCUUUCAAUCGGCAGUAGAGGUUCUCUUUCAAUGUAUUCAGGGUCUGAAUAUCCAUUACUAAUAAAUAACCCUUGUUUUUCCUUGGGAUUAUCAAGUGGAAGUUUCACAUACGAUGAACUAGUUGCAGCCACAGAUGGGUUCUCAGAGACCAACCUCAUCGGAGAAGGUGGUUUUGGGUAUGUUCAUAAAGGAUACAUUCGUAACGGCCAAGAAGUUGCCAUUAAACAGCUAAAGGACGGAAGCAGGCAGGGGGAGCGCGAAUUCCGAGCAGAGGUUGAGAUCAUCAGCAGGGCUCAUCAUAAACAUCUGGUUUCAGUAAUUGGGUACUGCAUAGCUGGGACUAAGAGACUGAUUGUUUAUGAGUUUGUUCCAAACAACACCUUAGAAUUUCAUUUACAUGGAAUUGGGCAGCCUGUUUUGGAGUGGGCAACCAGAUUGAAAAUUGCUAUAGGUUCAGCAAAAGGACUAGCAUAUCUCCACGAAGACUGCAACCCAUCAAUUGUUCAUCGCGACAUCAAGGCAGCUAAUAUUCUUCUUGAUCAUAAGUUUGAAGCAAAGGUUUCUGACUUUGGACUUGCCAGAAGUUUUACUGAUAGGACUAUCAUUAAUCACAUUUCCACCCAAGUGGUGGGAACUUUUGGGUACUUGGCACCAGAGUAUGCAUCAUGUGGCAGAGUAACAGAGAAAUCAGAUGUAUAUUCAUAUGGGAUCGUGCUUCUAGAGCUCAUCACUGGACGUCCGCCCAUCAGCAACAUUAACCCCUUAAAAAGAGAAGCACUGGUUUCAUGGGCUAGGCCCUUGCUCAACCAAUCUUUAGAAUAUUGCAACUUCGAAGCUCUUGUCGAUCCACGAUUAGAGAACAAUUAUAAUACCUGUGAGAUGGCUAGCAUGGUUGCUUGUGCUGCUGCUUGCGUGCGUCAUUCAUCAUGGCUUCGACCGAGAAUGAGCCAGAUAGUUCGUGCUCUAGAAGGAGAUAUUUCUGCCAUGGAUGUCUAUGAAGGAACAAGGCCAGGACAUAGCACCUUCUAUGGUUCUACCACUGCUUCAAUUUAUGACAAAUUUCCAUACAACCAAGACAUAAAGAAACGCAACAUGGAGUUAACCACAUGGUGGUGUGGAACUAGUGGGUACAGUGGAAGCACCAGUGAGUAUGGCCUUAACCCAUCUCGAUCUAGUAGUGAUACUAGCAGCAGAUAAAAUACCACAUACAAACACAACUGUGAAGAAAUUAGAGCUUAGGUAUUAGAGUAAACCUCUGAUAACCCAUGACACUUGCUGUCAUCUGAUAAAAGUUUCAGCUUCUUUUCUAUGUACAAUGCUUUUUGAGUUGCUUAUUAUGUGAUGAGCUCAUUUUCUUCAAGGUUCACAAAUAAUCCAAGUUCAAUCAAACAUAGAAACUCACAACCUGGGCCUUGAGAUUCUGCAACAGAUUAUAAUUUCCAGCAGCUGUCUAUUAGGAUUAGCAUGCUUAAAGUUACUUGCACAAUUAUGAACUUCUAACCCACCAUCAAGCUUUGAACAGCUUUAAGUCCAUC